UCGGUUAUCCUUACAGUGGGGGACAGGACACGAGGCCCUGGAGACUUUUCCCGUGGGGGGUGCCCAGGGCCUGCAUGGCUCCUGACCUCUGCCUGGCCGCCUCCGUUGGGACUGGGGGCGGAGCCAAUUUCCUCCGGCUUCCCGCUUCCCGCGGGGACGAUAACAAUGAAAGUGAAAGAGAGGUGGAGUGGGGGCAAGACCUGUCGGUGGGCCACUAGCCCUGUGGCCUUGAGCACACCCCUUACCCCAGGCCUCGGCUGUUUGUGGGGGCCAAGUGAGAUGGGGCCUCAGGCUCAGGGUCAGAGGUUGGGCAUUUCAGCCGCCAGCGAGAUCAGGUCUGGAACUUCUCGGACGGCUUUUUCCGUCUCCAAGCUUCACCCAUUCCAGGCCGCGGGCUCUUCCUGCCCCACACCUCCCGCCGUUCUCCAUCCUGCGCUCCGAGAAAAGCGCUAGUGCCCUGUGCAACCCUACUCCAGCCCGCGGCCUUCUCCAAGGCUCCCGGUCCCAGGCUCCCCCAACACAGCAGAGCACCUCCCUGCCCACUGGAUGCAACGUCUGGUUGCGGGGGCCGGUGUUCCUUCGCUCCCGCCUACUGAGGGACCGAGUAGGACGUGGAAGGUGGCGCGAGGCCCCGACGGGGAUGCAGCACCGAGGCUUCUUCCUCCUCGCCCUCUUCGCCCUCCUGGCGCUCACCUCCGCGGUGGCCAAAAAGAAAGACAAGGUGAAGAAGGGCGGCCCGGGAAGCGAGUGCGCGGAGUGGAACUGGGGGCCCUGCACCCCCAGCAGCAAGGACUGCGGCGUGGGGUUCCGCGAGGGCACCUGCGGGACCCAGACUCAGCGCAGCCGGUGCAGGGUGCCCUGCAACUGGAAAAAGGAGUUUGGAGCCGACUGCAAGUACAAGUUUGAGAGCUGGGGGGCGUGUGACGGGGGUACAGGCACCAAAGUCCGCCAAGGCACCCUGAAGAAGGCACGCUACAAUGCCCAGUGCCAGGAGACCAUCCGCGUGACCAAGCCCUGCACCCCCAAGACCAAAGCCAAGGCCAAAGCCAAGAAAGGAAAGGGAAAGGACUAGAAGCCAGGCCUGGAUGCCAAGAAGCCCCUGGCUUUACCUGGGGCCUGGCCUGUGUCCUCCCUGCCACAGGCUCAAGAUAUGACCUACCAGUGCCUUUAUUCUACUUGUUAGCUUUAUCAAUCAUGCCCCGCCUCUUCCUGCUCGCUCCCUCAAACCCAGCCCAAGUGCCCACAGUGGGGAGGCACAAGGGAUUCUGGGAAGCUUGAGCCCCCACCCCCCCAAGGGAUUGGUUCUCAGUAUCCCCUUUUGUUCUUCCCUACAAUUAUGCCAUUACCAAGAAACAAAUAAACCAACUUCUUUUCCCAAUAAAAGCUUUUCUUUUUUAAUAUAUAAAAUCCCCUU